AGAUAACUUCGAAGUUUUGAACAACGGCCUAAACUUUAAGUUUACGGCCUGUCGUGUGAACUUAACUAAUAUUUAGCUUUUUUAAUCCUUUGAUUGGCAACGCUAUUCCUCAAAACCAGAGUUUCGUUACCCGUAGACGUAACCAUCAACAGUUAUUCUCUUCAUGUUGGUGUUUGAAUAAGGACUAUUAAGACGGAUGCCAAUAUUUGCAACCAUGGGCUCUCUGUAUCCUGUAUUCGCCAGUCUCCUGGUUUUUGCUAGUUUUGCUUGCCAUGGCAGCCUUGUUGAAACAGAGGACGUAAGCAUAUCCGAAGCAGAUCCUGUUGCCUUGCAAAAGAAAUAUGCUGUGGGAUGCCCUCGGAUCAUCUCCCGCUCUGAAUGGGGGGCUCGAUCCCCAAAGUCUACCAGCAACCUGGUUACUCCUCUCCCAUACGCUGUGGUCCACCAUACUGACGGCAGCUCAUGCUCUACCGAAGCCUCCUGCAUGUCACAAGUUCGAGGAAUCCAGAACUAUCACAUGGAUUCCAAUGGCUGGGAUGACAUCGGUUACAAUUUUCUCAUCGGUGGUGAUGGAAACGUUUAUGAGGGACGCGGAUGGAAUUACAAAGGAGCUCAUGCUUCGAGUUACAACUCAUACUCCCUAGGUAUCUCCAUGAUCGGUAGAUUUACUUCCUUAACCCCGGGACAAGAGAUGCUAGAUGUGCUUGAUGAACUCCUCGACUGUGCUUUGAGCAGGGAUACCAUAAUACCGGGUUAUAGUCUAUUUGGACAUCGUCAGGCGACAUCAACCACGUGUCCAGGCGACGCUCUCUACACCAAACUGCAACAACAUAAGCACUACGUGUACAUCAGUGGCUCAGUGGGUAACCCCCUGGACGGGGAGCAAUGCUCCCUCUAGGAUGGUCUACUACCACGGACUAAGGUCCAGGAUAAAGACAGUGGUGUGAACGGACCGUGAAAACGUUCCAACAAUUUAAAUCCUAACAUGCUUUAAUUUAAACGUAGAAUUCUGAAAUAUAAAGUAAUAUUGAUAUCAGUUAAGCCAAUAUCACGCCUAAGUAAGGAUUACAGCUGCAUAUGGCAGUUUAUAUCAUUUCACUAUUAAUAGUCU